CUCCGCCCCCUCCGCCCUCCUUCUCUGGCCAAGGUACCAUCCGGACGGCGUCCCCCUUGCUCGGUGCGCUGAUUGGCCGCCGCAGGCCGGGCGCUGAUUGGCUAUGGAGGAUGCCUUGCUGGCCCGUGGCUAUGGAGGUGGCGGCGGCGGUUGAUGGUUGACUGUUGGCUCUUAGGUCAGGGUCGCCUCCGAGGAGACGCACAGGGCUCGGCAGCUCGGCUGGCCCGGGGCGGCUACGGCCUCGGUUCUCGCGGAGGGGAAUCCAGCUCGGGUCCGCCAUGCCGGCGGGGCGCAGUGAGCCGGACGGCGUCCUCAGCUACCAGAGACCGGAUGAAGAAGCAGUUGUGGACCAAGGAGGGACCAGUACAAUUCUCAACAUUCACUAUGAAAAAGAAGAGCUGGAAGGACAUAGAACUUUGUAUGUUGGGGUCCGGAUGCCUUUGGGACGGCAGAGCCAUCGACAUCAUCGAACUCAUGGCCAGAAGCACCGGAGAAGAGGCCGGGGGAAGGUUGUCAGUCAGGGAGAAGAAGGGCAAGGGUCUCUUGCCCAUGACACGCCUUCCCAGCGUGUUCAGUUCAUUCUUGGCACUGAGGAGGAUGAAGAGCACGUGCCUCAUGAGCUGUUCACAGAACUGGAUGAGAUCUGUUUGAAGGAGGGAGAGGAUGCUGAGUGGAAAGAAACAGCCAGGUGGUUGAAGUUUGAGGAAGAUGUAGAAGAUGGUGGAGAACGCUGGAGCAAGCCAUAUGUGGCUACUCUUUCGUUACACAGUCUGUUUGAGCUGAGGAGCUGCCUCAUUAAUGGGACAGUCCUCCUGGACAUGCGAGCAAACAGCAUCGAAGACAUUUCAGACCUGAUUCUGGACCAGCAGGAAUUGUCUAGUGACCUAAAUGAGACCAUGCGAAUUAAAGUACGGGAAGCUCUUCUUAAGAAGCAUCAUCAUCAGAAUGAGAAGAAGAGAAACAAUCUUAUUCCCAUUGUGCGCUCUUUUGCGGAGGUUGGCAAAAAGCAAUCAGACCCAAAUUCUCUGGACAAAAAUGGUCAAACAGUGUCUCCUCAGUCUGUUCCUGCUACAAAUCUUGAAGUAAAAAAUGGAGUAAAUUGUGAGCAUAGUCCUGUGGAUUUAAGUAAGGUGGACCUUCAUUUUAUGAAGAAAAUCCCUACUGGGGCAGAAGCCUCAAAUGUCUUGGUUGGAGAGGUGGAUAUUCUGGACCAUCCGAUUGUGGCCUUCAUAAGGCUGUCCCCUGCUGUUCUUCUCUCAGGCCUUACAGAAGUACCAAUCCCGACGAGGUUCUUGUUUAUCUUGUUAGGACCAGUAGGAAAAGGCCAACAAUAUCAUGAGAUUGGCAGAUCCAUGGCCACCAUCAUGACUGAUGAGAUUUUUCAUGAUGUGGCCUAUAAGGCAAAGGAGCGUGAUGACCUCUUAGCCGGUAUCGAUGAGUUCCUGGAUCAAGUGACUGUGUUACCCCCGGGUGAAUGGGAUCCAUCAAUUAGAAUUGAACCACCAAAAAAUGUCCCUUCCCAGGAAAAAAGGAAGAUGCCUGGGGUUCCAAAUGGAAAUAUUUGCCAUGUCGAACCAGAACAACAUGGUGGCCAUAGUGGUCCUGAACUUCAGCGUACGGGGAGGCUUUUUGGGGGCUUAGUGCUGGAUAUAAAGCGGAAGGCCCCCUGGUACUGGAGUGACUAUCGAGAUGCAUUGAGUUUACAAUGUCUGGCCUCUUUUCUGUUCCUGUAUUGCGCCUGCAUGUCACCUGUGAUCACUUUUGGGGGAUUGCUUGGAGAAGCAACCGAGGGACGAAUAAGUGCAAUUGAAUCUUUAUUUGGAGCCUCGAUGACUGGAAUAGCUUAUUCCCUGUUUGCCGGGCAGGCCCUCACCAUCCUGGGGAGCACAGGACCGGUGCUGGUCUUUGAAAAGAUUCUGUUCAAGUUCUGCAAAGACUACACCCUCUCGUACCUGUCCCUCCGAGCCUGCAUUGGACUGUGGACUGCUUUCCUAUGUAUUGUCCUUGUGGCGACAGAUGCCAGUUCUCUUGUCUGCUAUAUUACCCGCUUUACUGAAGAAGCGUUUGCCUCAUUAAUUUGCAUCAUUUUCAUCUAUGAAGCAAUAGAGAAGUUGAUUCACCUGGGGGAGACCUACCCCAUCCACAUGCACAGCCAGCUGGACCACCUUAGCCUUUACUAUUGCAGAUGUACUAUCCCAAAGGACCCCAGCAAUCACACCCUGCAGUACUGGAAGGACCACAACAUCGUGGCAGCGGAAACCAGUUGGGCCAACCUGACCGUUAGAGAGUGUCAGGAGAUGCACGGAGAAUUCACCGGGUCCGCCUGCGGCCAACACGGACCUUACACACCCGACGUGCUCUUCUGGUCCUGCAUUCUCUUCUUCACAACCUUCAUCCUUUCCAGCACCUUGAAGACGUUUAAGACAAGCCACUAUUUCCCAACCAGAGUACGCUCCAUGGUGAGUGACUUUGCAGUUUUCCUCACCAUCUUCACAAUGGUGAUUAUUGAUUUUUUAAUUGGCGUCCCGUCCCCGAAGCUACAAGUUCCAAGUGUGUUUAAGCCAACAAGGGAUGACCGGGGGUGGAUUAUCAAUCCUAUUGGACCCAACCCCUGGUGGACAGUGAUAGCUGCAAUCAUCCCAGCUCUCCUCUGCACCAUCUUGAUAUUCAUGGACCAGCAGAUCACAGCUGUCAUAAUUAAUAGGAAGGAACACAAGCUCAAGAAAGGAUGUGGUUACCACCUGGACUUGCUGAUGGUGGCCGUGAUGCUGGGAGUCUGCUCCAUCAUGGGCUUGCCCUGGUUUGUGGCCGCCACUGUCCUCUCCAUCACUCAUGUCAAUAGCCUCAAGUUGGAGUCCGAGUGCUCUGCUCCGGGGGAACAGCCCAAAUUCCUGGGGAUCAGAGAGCAGAGAGUCACAGGGCUCAUGAUCUUUGUGCUGAUGGGCUGCUCAGUCUUCAUGACAGGUGUGCUAAAGUUCAUUCCAAUGCCAGUACUUUAUGGAGUUUUCCUUUACAUGGGAGUUUCUUCACUUAGAGGAAUCCAGUUUUUUGAUCGCCUGAAACUCUUUGGGAUGCCAGCAAAGCACCAGCCUGACUUCAUCUAUCUGCGCCAUGUACCUCUACGGAAAGUGCACCUCUUCACCCUCAUCCAGCUGACUUGUCUCGUCUUGCUGUGGGUUAUUAAGGCAUCCCCAGCUGCAAUCAUCUUUCCCAUGAUGGUUUUGGCCUUGGUCUUUGUCCGGAAGGUCAUGGAUCUCUGUUUCUCUAAACGAGAACUGAGCUGGCUAGAUGAUCUCAUGCCUGAAAGCAAGAAGAAGAAGAUAGACGACGCUAAAAAAAAGGCCAAGGAAGAAGAGGAGGAUGAGAAAAUGUUAGAAAUGGGACCAGACAAAUUUCCCUUGGAGAGCAGGAAGUUACUGAGUAGUCCUGGAAAGAAUAACAAUUUCAGAUGUGACCCUUCUGAGAUUAAUAUUUCUGAUGAAAUGCCUAAAACUACUGUCUGGAAAGCUCUUAGCAUGAACACAGGAAGUGCCAAGGAAAAGAGUCUUUUCAACUAAGAGUCUUUGCUGGGAUGGAAGAGAUGGCCUGGGAGGUAUCUCAGGGAAGUGCCAGGAGACAGAGAAGGUAGCAAGUUUCUUAGAAAUGAAGAAAGACUCAUCCUGGCCCCUUCUUCAUUCAGAUAACUGGAAUCAUAUUAAAGCCACACAGAAGUGUUCAGUUAUUCUCAGUGCGCGUUAGAGGGCAUUCAACCAUCCUCACACCAGCAGCCGGUCCCAGGUGUGAGCUUGGAAGGAAGCAGAAGAAAGCAUCUUGGUGAUCUCCUCUUCCUCCUCCUCCUGCUGCACUGAUCUCCGAGCAGUUGCCAUCGCCUACCGUCAAACAUUCCAUUUUUGGACACUUCUUCUGGAAUUCUUUUACUGCUGACCAGUUGAAGACCACGAAUCUCCUCCUCAGCUGCAGAAGAGUCCCACCAGCCAGUCCUUCCUAGGGCCAGGAAAGGGUGGAAGUGAAGAGGCCUCUGACUGCAGCCUCUUCUGCCAUGCUGGACCAAGAUGACGGGCAGAGUAAAAAGGAUGGGGGUGGGGCAUUGUACGAAGUUUCCUCUUUGGACAGUGAGCAGGUCGACUCUCUGGCCUAGGGAUCUUUUAACAGAGCGUCAGGCUUGGGAUGGCUGCUCUACUGGGACUCCUCCAGGGGUUGGGCUUCUGACCUGCUGCCCACCAUCACAGUGGGCAAGGAAGUGGCAGAUUCAUAGCUCCAUAGCCACCCUGGCACAUGUUGUUGAUAAUCUUGGGAAGUAAAAAUCUGUAAAGGGGGAUUGAGGUCCUUUAUAAUAGAGAAGAGAAGGCUGAGGGGGAAAUUGGUAACUGUCUUCAUUAUUAUAAAGGGAGAUUAUUUAAAUGAUGAUGGGCAGCUUUUCUCAUUUUCCACUGAGGACAGAAUGAGAGAGAGGGGGAUUAAAGUGCAGCAGAAGAGACUUAAGUUAAAAUCAGGACGUACUUUCUAGAUAUAAGAUUUGAUAUUGUAUCUCUCUCUCUUUUUGGGGGGAGGUAGAUUUAUAAGAAAAGGGUAGGUAAUUAUCUUUUGGGAAAGCUCUUUGUAAACCUUAAAGCAUAAUCCUUCCCAUAGAUAGGGAGAGGUGACCUCUCAAGCUUCCUCCAAGUUUGGGGAGUCUACAAAAAUCAUUUUACUACCUUGUUAUGGGAACUUCAGUGUCUUGCCGCUCUCCAUUAAUUACUGCUUUGUGUGAGCACAUUCUGGUGCCACCUCUGGAGAGAUUCAAUGUUUGUGUAAGUCACCCUAGCUGCCUUAGUAGCAAACAGCUGUAGGCAAUGGACAGAAAAUACCUUCAGUCACUAGUUUAGGUAUCAUCUUGAAUUUCCACUAGUUUACCAAAAUUCAGGCUUUCACAUCUCAGAUACAAAAACAUAAUUGGAAAAAAGCUGAAAGUGGUGAGAUGAAUUUUAAUAUUUAAUUUAAGAUCAAUAUUUAUAGUUAGUCUGCUCUCUUCUUUAUGUUCAAAAGCAACAUCAAUUAUUUUUAUUCGAAUGCUUUUGGAAUCAAUCAUCAGUUGCUCACAAAAUGUAUUGAAGUAAAUGAAAAUCACACCAACAAUCUAUAGAGAAUUUGGUUGUAUUAUACACAGGGUAUUCUAGAACUGAAGGGCUUUGUGUGGUGGGGGUGGAGGAUGGAUGGGAAAUGGACAUCUUUAAUGGUCCAGAAGAGGCCAAUGGAGGGAGCAGGCUCCCCCUGGCCUCCGUGGCUUUCUCAGGUGAAGCAGGAUGUUGCUUUCCCCCAUGUACCUGGCUUUCCCUUUAGCCUUCAUUCUUCCUUCCACCAGCUUCUCCCUCCCUCCCUCUACCCCCCUUCUCUUUCUGCUACAAUCCCCUUCACCUUCUCCAUGGACAAAAGGAACUCGCCCUUGACCAAAGCAUCUUCUUGAAAGUAAAUAAAAGUGGGGAAAUGCUAGAUCUCUCUAUCAACAAAUGUCUGGUUCACAUCAUCAGGUCCUCCAGUGAGCCGGCACCCGGCUUGAUAGUCAAAUUCAAGUAACUUCAACUCAUUCAGAAGCUACUUUGAAAAUCUAUCUUGCACUAAUAUUCACUGACUUAUUGCUCUGAUGAGUGAGCUUUCCAAAAGAAGCUGGUCCCAGUCAACUCAGAGAUCUUUAUGCAGUGAGUGCUGAAGUAAAUGCUUCACCUCAACUACACCCAAAUUAAAAAAAAUAUUUGAGAGUCCAGAAGCCCCCAAAGGUAUUGCUUGAAAAUAUAAGGUUAAUUUUUUCUCUGUUCCUGAUUUGAUUUGGGGGCAGGGGCAAGAACAAGAUUGAUGAACUUUUGGGAGGGGGAAGAAAUUGGCGCACCUUUUUCUCAUCUAUCCUUUUAAAGUGUCCUACUAUUCUGAUCUCUUCUGCUCCCUUAACCUCUUGUCAGUGCCACAGGAUUGAACAUAUCAGGAGAAAAGCACUCAGCAAAUACAAAAAGCUAAAUCACUUAGAGAAAUGCCUCUUUUAAGGCAUUAAUAAUCUAUCUUCUUUUAGACUCUAAGCUACUCGAGGCUAAGAAACAUGUCUCUGCUUAACUUUGUCUAGUACGACUGCAAGACACAUAGGUAUUUACUGAGCCAGAUCCCACAACCUCCUCUUUCUUAUCCUCACCACGAUUAGUCCCAAACAUAGCUUCUUUCCAACUCAGGUUGGUGGAAGUGGUGGUAUAAGAUCACCUUAUCGUUGGGCUGCAGAGGGGGAGAAAAGGGAAGAAAAUAGUUCAGGAAGAAGGAAGAAAAAGAGAGUAUGGAUAUACACUAAGAAGGAGAAUGUGUCUAUAAGACCAUCAUCACCACCAUUUAAAAACAACAAAAAACCUUCCUUAAGUAUUUUAUGAUAGUCAACAAUUAACCUAGAUCUUUUUAAAAUAAGAUUUAGAAAAUAUGACUUUUCUCUCUGUGUAGGGGUUUCUAAUUUCAGAUUACUCUAGAAGAAUACAUUUAGGACAAACAGAAGCAGUAGCAUUUCUGGACAGACCCACAAACAGAUAAUAAAAGUGAACACGUAUUCAGGGCAAGCACAUAUUUUGGGGGUGAGGGGUGACUUAGGGAAGUAGCCAACCAUUCCUAGAACAGUGAGACCAAAGAAGCAGUCAUUUUCUAAGUGGCUGGGAACACUGGAAAGGAGAAAUUUCAGGCAUGAAUUGGAUGUGACAGGUUGGUGAGAGAAUGGCAAGAAGGAAGGAGGUCCAACCACUCUUGAACUUCUUGAGGGGCUGCAUCUGAAUUCUCUCCCCUUAUACAGCCUUAUACAGUAGGCUUGCCUGCACCAAAGCAGGCACUGCUGGGAUUGGAAUAGAAUAUAUAACAAACAUAGAAUGCUUGUUGUCUGGACGAAUAAAUGAACAAAAUGAAUCAGUGAUUGAAGAAAGUAGGACCAAAUGCAAUGCCAGUAGUAGGGGAAACAUUUCUUGCCUCUUUGGCUGAGGUUCUGGAGAAGAUGGCAAGAUUGGGGGUUCAGGUGAUAGUCAUAUGUAUGUAUAAUACUUGUAGUUGGAUAACAUCACCACUCUCCAAUAACAUGUUUUUACCAGAAGAAAAGGAGUUUCUACCCCAUAUUAGCUCAAAUUGUUUCUAGAACUUUGUUUUUUGGGGGACUGUGAGAUAAAAAGUGAGCAACAUGCCCCACAAAAGAUUGUUUGGAUUCCCUUUCUCAGAUACUCAAAAGGAUCUUUGAUCUUACCAAAUUUGGACAUUCUCUCCAAUGAUACUGAUCAAAAUCAAAAUCCAUGCCUACCUGCCCAUCCUUGUUCUCUCACAAAUUUAUCCCCAGGGGUCCACCCAAAAUUCUGGAGACCGUCCUUUAUUCCCUCUACUAACCUUGAAACAACUAUUGUCAUUCCAAGCCAUACCCCUGCAACAGGGCAUGUUCAUAGCCUUGAUGGGAUCUUUGGUCUGAGGGAUCCUUCAGGGUCCCUGCCUGGCCAGCUGAGACAAUUCUUAGGGCUUAUACAUCUACGACUACUAAGCUUUUCCAAGCUUCUCAGUAGCUUCUUUAUUGGUUUACCCAUGUGUUUUCUGUCAGUCUUUCAGGUCUUUCUGGAGGCAGGAGGUUCCUGGCCUUUCUCACUGGCCAUGAGACACUUAACGGAUUUCUGUGCUUCUCAUGUUCCUCCCUUAGCUGACCGUGGAUGUCAGUAACUUCUCUUGGGCUUUUAAAUGGUUGUCUGUGUUAGAUGUUUCGAGUCAUUCAGCGUCUCAAGAUUCCAACUCAGCCAGGUAUUCAGUAAGCCUCACCAAAGUCUCAGUUCUCUACAACUUUAUUUUGGUUUAAGUCUCUCAGGCCUCCUGUGUAGUAGAACAUUCCUUGGAACACGAGUCAGAUGUCUACUCUUUUAGCUGUUCUAAGUUUACCUCUUUUUUUUUUGUGGUGGUGGCAGUGGAGGGGUUUGGUAGCCUCAUUUCCCUUCAGCCUUUCCUCAUUCUCUCAUGGGCAUCAUAGGUCCUUAAAUGAUUUCUAUGCCAAGGAAAGUGUGAGCCAAAGGGGCCCCAAAAUUAACAAAAGAGAGGCAGUAUUUCUUAGUCCUACUUUGGAUCCAGAAUGCCAGCGUGGAUGAUACCACCCAUCACCAAUGGGGAUAGAGGGAGAGCAGGGAGAAGUUGAACAUGAAAGGGGGAGGGGAAAGGGGGUUGGAUAGCAAAGCUCAGUGGCUUUGCAGCUCUGCUAGAAGGAGGUCAUAACAAUAAAGCUUCAUUAUUUGGUGUGGUGUGGUGAAUUUGUCAAAUAUAAAAACAAAAACAUUCCAAAAUUAAAUGAUUUUUUAUUAUCUUUUUAUGAUUCUGUGCCACUUGAUUCCCUCAUAUUAACACAAAGUGGACAAUUUGAUUCUAUUAACUCUUUAGGCAGGAGGGUGAAGACCAAACAAGGUCUGAAGUAAUGACCUCAUUAGGAUUUAAAAGAAGUGAAGUGAUCUGGGGAGCCAUCAAGAACUGGGGACAGCCCUUUUAGGGAUGGUAGUUAAAAGGGAGUCAACUGGUCUAGCUUCUGGCCAUUCUAAAAAGAAUGGAAACUGCCCCCCUGCCUCAUCCCACUCCGCUCCCAGCUCCAGAGGACACAGAGCUCUUUCUAAUCAACAACACUCACAUUUCCUCAGGAAAAAAAAUGCCACUUAAACAUGCCUGGGAAACCAGCGGUAACAAACAUGGCUUGGGUCUCUCUGAAGAGAUUUUUUAGUUUAAGCCAACUCAUGGUUUCCUCACACACGUGGUAACAUUGGAAACCGAAAUGCCAAACUGCAAUGAGCAAGAGCUCUUUCUGGAAGACGAGCCGAAAUUCCACCCCCCCCCCACUUCCUUCUGUGCUCAGUUCUCUGAGAUUGGGUUUUCUCUGUCUGUCUGACAAAAUGUCUGUUCUUUCAUGCCGAUAAUGUUUAAGUGAGGAGCAGAGCAAUCCUUCACUAAAGAAGGGAAAAAUAAAGGUGCUGGCACAUUUUUUCCUGUUUUCUAUGUUCUUUCUAGUUGGCUACAUGUAGAAAUAGAGAUAUUUUUGUUUUCAAGAUUUCAAAAUAUAUUUUUUGUUGUAUGAAAUGUAACCUCUCCACACUCAUAUGGUGUAAAUAAAAUGGAGAACAACUGUGUCAUUGUAAUGUGCUCAUCCGGGUCUGUGUCAGAAAUGGGCACUGUUUCCCACCCCUGUGUCAUCUCAUAGUCUGUGUCUGUGUGAGCCAGUGUUUGUGAUUCUGAAACAAGCCCAAUUGUAUCUUUUUGGCAUCCAUCGUGCUCGGCUCCUAAAGGUAAAAAAUAAAUGUCUGUGUAAACAGC